UGAUUAAAAAGGACCGAUCCUUCUUCUUUCCCGACCCGCACCAUCAUAGAAAGAAAGAGAGCGAGAGAGACUUCGUAUUUUAGUAGCCCUUCUCUUUUGCCUGCCAGUCGCCUCCUCCGGCCAGAGCCUGAGCCUGAGCCUGAAUCUGGCCUACCUCCUCCGUUACCCACCGAGGCGGACAUCCGUCAACCACGUUCAACAACUCCUAGGGUGGGUGGGUUGGUUUUCUCAUUAGUGGCUGUGUUGGUGCGCUUUGGGUUUGAUUUCUCGAGCUACCUGCCUGCCUGCCUGUACUCUCUGUCUUCUUCCCUAGCUAGCGCAUCGUGAGAGUUUUGAUCCACCAGCAACUGUCUUUUGUCUCUCGGAAUCGGGUCAAGCACCUGAUAGAUAACCGUGCAAAGUUGUACAACCCCAAGGAGAAGGAGAAGGAGAUGAAUCCUGAUCCCGCCUCGCCUCACCCGUAACUUUAGUUUCUUCCUAAUCUUCUGAGACACUUCCUCCUUAUAUGGCCGCCAAUUCUCAAUCUCAGCAUCGAUGCGUUUUUGGGCAACGAUUAUGGUAUAUGUUCAGUAUCGAGAAAGCGCUUCUCUUUGCCAUUGGCUAUACGCAGUAUCACUGGUUACUGACCGGUGUAGAGUAUUAUUUUAACUAAUGAAGUUGUUGUAUGUAUACAGUCGGUAAUAUACCUUAUGACGCUACUGAAGAGCAGCUUAUUCAAAUAUGCGAGGAGGUUGGCCCGGUUGUUUCCUUCAGAUUGGUUGUAGAUAGAGAAACUGGAAAACCAAAGGGUUAUGGCUUCUGUGAGUACAAGGAUGAAGAGACAGCUCUAAGUGCCCGCCGAAAUCUUCAGGGUUAUGAGAUAAAUGGUAGACAGCUAAGAGUUGAUUUUGCUGAGAAUGACAAGAACUCUGACAGGAAUCGUGAACAGGGAAGAGGUGGCCCUGGUGUUGCCCCAAAUCUUGAAUCUCAAAAGCAGUUUGGGGGUCCAGCUGGCCUUGGACAUUCCAACCUUCACCAGCCAAUAGGCGAUUCCGUUGCAAUGGCUGCUUCAACUGUCAUGGCAGGGGCUCUUGGAUCUGCUCAGAUUUCUAGCGCAUCAAAUCAGAUCGGCAUGAACUCUCACUCUUUACCAGGUUCUGAUCCCCUGACUCGUUAUUUGGCCAAAAUGUCAAGGAAUCAGUUGACUGAGGUUCUUUCUGAAUUGAAGGCAAUGGCUACACAGAAUAAAGAACAAGCACGUCAGCUCCUGCUUUCCAGACCAAACUUGUCUAAAGCUCUUUUUCAGGCCCAGGUUAUGCUAGGUUUAGUGUCUCCUCAAAUGUUGCAGAUGCCAAACAUUCAGCAAGCUGUGGGUCAACUGGUGCAGCCUUCAGUGCAGAAUUCUCAAAGUCUGCCUGGACUACCUCCACUUCCACAGAACAAAACUCAAUUGAGCUAUCUGCCUUCUGUACAUGAAAACCAAGUGUCUACUGCUGUACAAAAACAAUAUCCAGCACUUCAUCUAUUCCCUACACAUUCUCAAAUUCAAAACCCGCAACUACCGAACCAAAUUCUAAACCAAGGCCAUAACGAUCUGCCAAUAUUGCAAGAUGGUGAUUCACAUCCCUCUGUGCUUAAGGCAGCACAUUUCUCGGCUACUGGAUUUCAGCCUAGCUCCUCAAUAUCCUCUCCCAUGCCAGAGAAUAUGGAUCUGAAAGGGAAUACAUUAACUUUCCCUGGGAAAACAAGAAUGACCGGUGAUGGCAUAGAUCAAAUGGAUCGGAUGUCAAAAAUGGCAAAAUUAAAUGAUGAAAAGGCUUCUCCUUUCUCACAUGUUGCAACUGUAGCUACUCCUGCCACGCCAUUUCUAUCUUUGGGUGUUUCAGAAAGACAAGCUCCCAAUGCAGCAGAAGCUCAAAAAUCUGAGAAAAAAGCUAUUCAGAUGCAAGUUCCCUCGAAUCUGGAUUCAACCUUGCUGCAGCAAGUGUUGAACCUGACCCCGGAGCAAUUAAAUUCCCUGCCGCCAGACCAGCAGCAGCAAGUGAUUCAACUUCAGCAGAUGCUUCGCCAGGCUAUAUAAUUGGCUCAAUAAUGUCUCGUGCUAGUUGUUGCUGACUGAAGCAAAAAAUCUUGUAGCCAUUUGUUGAGGGAAGGCUAGUGGCUUGGCUCACGAAAUGUAAUAUUAGAUUGUUUGUGUUUGGAGAGAAGCGAAAUGGGGAAAAUGAUUUUGUUGUUUAACUUAUGCUUAUGGUUUGGAGAGUAGUGUGGAUUUCUUCU